UCCUACGCCCAAAAUGGCGGCAGGAUUGAAAAGUUUGUUGCUGCUUUUGUUUUAUUUUAUGACAUUUUAUCGGCCUCUGUCUCCUUCUGAAUAAAUCCCUAUUUUUUGUUUAUCACGAUUAAGAAGGUUAGUCGUUUAUUUUGUUUAGUUUAGAUCGGUAAAGCGCCUCCGUGGAAGUGUACGAGGCAGAUGGCACUGAACUCGAGGACAGAACUGCAUCUAAUACAAUUAAAAUGAAGAGCAUUUGUACAUAGAGAUGGAGGAUGACGUAAAGAAAGUCAAAAAGCCAGGUAUUGUGUCUCCGUUUAAGCGGGUGUUUCUGAAAGGAGAGAAGGGGAGAGAUAAGAAGACUCUGGAGAAGUCCACUGAGCGUAGGGCCCUCCACACCUUCUCCCUCUCUCUCCCAGACCACCGUAUCGACCCAGACAUUCUGCUCAAUGAUUACAUUGAGAAGGAAGUUAAGUAUCUGGGACAGCUGACCUCAGUUCCUGGAUAUCUGAAUCCCUCCAGCCGCACAGAAGUUUUGCAGCUUAUUGACAAUGCCAGGAAGUCUCAUCAGUUGGCAGGACAGCUGACAUCAGAGCAGGAUGCUGUUGUCAGUUUGUCGGCAUACAAUGUGAAGCUCGUGUGGCGUGACGGAGAAGACAUCAUUCUCCGUGUACCCAUUCAUGACAUCGCAGCUGUGUCCUACAUCAGAGACGACUCACUCCACCUCGUGGUGCUAAAAACAGCUCAGGACCCCGGAGGUUCUCCAUGUCAUAGUACAGAGAUGUCAAAAUCUCCCACUCUGAGCUCUCUUUCAGAGAGCGGCGCUGUGCUUGUGGAGGUCUGCUGCCUGCUUGUGCUGGCUGUCGAUAAUAAGGCUGCAGCAGAGGAGCUGUGUGUUCUACUUAGUCAAGUCUUCCAGAUCGUCUACACAGAGUCCACCAUUGACUUUCUGGACAGGGCCAUCUUUGAUGGAGCCACAACACCCAUCAGGCAUCUCUCGAUCUGCAGCGAGGACUCCUCGAGCAAAGAUGUCAAAGAAGUGUUUGAGGCCGAGGCGAGCACAUUUACUUUCCAAAGUUCUCUAGAGGCAGGACACUCCUCUAGCCCCUCCCCCUCCUCCACCCCGGCCUCCCCACAAACCAUAACAGCCAGUGAGAGUGAACUAAGCACAACAGCUGCUGAACUGCUACAAGACUACAUGACCACAUUGAGGACAAAGCUGUCAUCUCAGGAGAUACAGCAGUUUGCCACACUGUUACGCGAGUACAGAAACGGAGCCUCCAUCCAUGAGUUCUGCAUCAACCUGCGUCAGCUUUAUGGAGACAGCAGGAAGUUCCUCCUCCUGGGACUGCGGCCUUUCAUUCCUGAGAAGGACAGCCAGCACUUUGAGAACUUUUUGGAAACCAUCGGCGUGAAGGAUGGCCGCGGCAUCAUAACGGACAGCUUUGGACGUUACAAACGCACGACAAGCUCUGCGUCAGACUCCACCACUAAUGGAAACGGUGCUGCGGGCGGAUCGGAUGAAGGAACGGCCACCUCUGAGGGUGACGAAUGGGACCGCAUGAUUUCAGACAUAAGCAAUGACAUUGAAGCGUUAGGAAGCAGUAUGGACCAGGACGGCGUGUCGCCUUGAUGUCACGGCACUGGGUCAGUGUCUCGCAGUGUGCUUUAGCCAAUCACCACUUGAGAUAAUCACACGGGCCAUUGGCCCAUAUUGCUGUCCAUCCAAUCUGACAAUGCUGGAGUUGGGAUACUGUGUGGAUACCACUUCCUGGCCAUCAUCCUUACUUUUAUAUAUUGUGCCAUAUUAACACAACUUGAUUUUUCAGAUUUGACAAUUGUGAUUUUCAAGACCUGUGAUAGAAGGAUCGUGUAUUGCUGUGGACAGCAGUUGUGUUCUUCUGGGAUGUUUAUUGGCAGUAUCUGCUACCACUAAUGAGAAACCUUGUUGCUGGUAGAUAUCGCUCUUUCACACUGAUCUGUAUGAAAGUUUAUUUCCACCACAGAUUAAAAAGGUAUUUUACAAUUCUGACUU